AUGGCCUGCACUCAGGGCCAGGUGUGUCGUUGUCCCGUGUGCUCGCGCCAGCUGCUAGCUCACCCGGCCUGGCGGGCUGGAGCCGUGAGUCUGGCGGUGCGGGAGUCAGCUCCCCAGCUCUCUGUGCCUGACCUCUCCGGGCGAAUUGUCGAGGUCCCUGCGCCAAGGUCCCAGCAGAUUCUACAGCCGCCCCCCUCGCUUGAGCAGCCAAGGCCUCCGCCAAAACCCAAGGAGGCGACGCUGAGCAGCCCGGCACAGCCUCCCCAGCAAGGCUCCGCGUCGACCCCGCCACUCCUCGUCGUCGUCUUCCCCCAGUCUGCACAGGAACCGGCGGCCCCGGUCCCGCUCCCGCAAACGGUGCCUUUGCCGGGCUUGGAGCUCGAAGCUUCCAGUCAAGUGGAUGUGGCCGUGCAGUCGCCAGAGGCGCUCGCAGACACGUCCCCAGCGUCGCUCCGGGAACCUGGUUCUCUUCCCAGUUCUGUGGACCCCCGUGAGCUGUUUCCCGAAGAGGCCAUCGCACCGCCCGAGGAAGUUUCUGGAUCAGCCUGCCAGAAGGCAUGGGGAGAAGGCGAGGUCCCGUGCGAGACCGCUCUAAGAGCCGCCUCGAUCGUCACUUUGGAGGCACCGCUCCACGACUUCACAGAGAAACAAGAGGAGUUGCCCUCGCCACGCAGCGCGCCGUCCGAGUCUUCCGAAGGCCCGCCUCUACGGGAGGUGCCUUCGGCACAGGAACAGCAGGCGCAGCCAGCGCCACUCACUGCCCCGGCGUCGGGAGUGUCGCAUUGCGAUGCCGAAGUCCAGACUCGGAGCCCGGACGUCUUCGAGCAAAGCUCGGAACGGGAACGGGACGCAGGCCUGCCGCCGGGCGCCUUCAGCCUCAUCCGGAUCACCAGCAUGCGGAAGCGGCAGGUUCAACGACGGGCCGCCGAGCGGGCGAAGGCGCCCGAACCAAAGGAGCGCGUCUACCGUGCAGCCGUCUCGAUUGAUGCAGCCAUGCGCCUGACGAAGCGACCCCAGCGGCCAGCAAUGACAGUCCUGAGGGAUCCAAGGUAG